AUGGCCAUCGUUGAGUGGUGCCAGGUCAGCAUGACCAUGCUGGGGCUCAUAGUAGAACCUUUACAGGAAACAUGUUUCUUUCUGUUUGUUGUAGGCGAACUGCUCCUGCUCUCAAGUAUGAUUUUCCUGCUCCCGGUGGUGUGUGGCUGCCCAGAGAGGUGCCGCUGUCACUCACCUUCAAAUUUUGUAGACUGCAGCCGGCAGGGUCUGGCUGAAGUCCCUUCCGAUCUGCCUCCUCAGACUCUAACCCUGCACUUACAAGAUAACCAGAUACGUCAGCUUCCGGCUUCUGCAUUUAAGUCAGUGCCACAGCUCACAACCUUGAACUUGUACAACAAUUCUCUUUCAAAUCUGACCUCUGGAGUUUUCCAUGGACUUCAGCACUUGCGGGUCUUAAACCUAACCCAGAAUUCCCUGCAUUCCCUGGAAAGCAGACUUUUCCAUUCCCUCCCACAGCUGAGGGAACUUGAUUUAUCAUCAAACAACAUAAGCCACCUUCCCACAUCCCUGGGUGAGCCUUGGGAGAACCUAACUGUAUUUGCGAUCCAACAAAACCAGCUUCAGCAGCUCGGUCGAGCCCUCCUAGAAUCCAUGCCCAGAGUGAGGCAUUUAUUUCUCAAGGACAACCUCUGGAAAUGCAAUUGCCACUUGCUCAGUCUUAAACUCUGGUUGGAGACGUUUAUCUAUAAAGGGGGAAUAACAGACAGCAUCAUCUGUGCCUCACCGGACACCUGGAAGGGAAAGGACCUCCUUAAAAUCCCUCACGAGCUGUACCAGCCCUGCCCUUUUCCUUCUCCAGACCUGGAGUCAUCACAGGUGCAGCAGCUAGGUGCUGCCCACCGGGCUGUACCCAGGCCCCCUGAGAGCCACAGCUCAGGGGAGCGAGACCACUGGGAGUGUGAGAUCAAACCCAAGCCGAGGCCAGCCAAUCUGCGCCACGCCGUGGCCACCAUCAUCAUCACAGGGGUGCUGUGUGGGAUCGUGUGUCUCAUGAUGUUGGCGGCUGCCAUUUAUGGCUGCACCUAUGCAGCUAUUACCGCCCAGUACCAUGCGGGACGCUCGGCUCAGAUCAAUGAGCCUGCGAAGACAGAAGGAAAAGAGCUCUUUGACAGCUCAAUGGCCUGAGAGCUUUCAUCUCAAAUAGGAAUAAUCAUUAUAGGCCAGAAGAAAGUUUCUGAGUAGGGCUGAUGGUUCACUGUUACUGCCUCAUUUUCUUUUUCCAAAAG